UUUAAUGAGGUGAGCGUUGAGAGUGACCGAAGGGACAACCUGCGCCUGGACACCCACAAGAGUCGUAUGGUAACUUUAAGUGAUACAGAAUGAUGAAUUCUUCGAGAUACCAUGUUUUUAGGCAGGACAGGAUUUUACCCUGGCCUAUUUUCUCUUAAGCUGUUCCGUUUAUCUAGGGCGAAUAUUGUUUUCGUAAAUGAGCAGGAUUAAGCCCACAUUCAGACUCGAAGCCAGUCGAACAUGACCACGCUCAGCAGCAGAUGUCGGUGGUGUUUCACCCUGGCGCUGGUUAUGUGUCUGUGCUGCGUUAUCAUCUUCUGUGAAUAUCUAAUCUACUACCCAGCGAUAUGGCGCUGUGCCUGGCCAGGGCUGGACGGGAACGGUGCUGGGAAAGACGAACCACUCCGAGCAAUGUUCCUUUCGGACACACACCUCCUCGGUGCAGUGAAGGGCUACUGGCUGGACAAAAUACGCAGAGAGUGGCAGAUGGAGCGGUCUUUUCAGACUGCUGUAUCAGUGCUGCAUCCAGAGAUGGUCUUCAUUCUGGGAGAUAUCUUUGAUGAGGGCAAGUGGAGCACGCCAGAGAACUGGCAGGAGGAUGUGAGGCGCUUUAAUCACAUCUUUCGUCGCCCUAACAACACCGAGCUCAUUGGCAUCAUUGGGAACCAUGAUAUUGGCUUCCAUUAUGAGAUGAGUUGGUCUAAACUGGAGCGAUUUGAGAAGGUUUUCAACUUCACCUCUGCCUCAGUCAUCACUAGGAAGGCAGUCAACUUUAUUCUAGUGAACAGCAUGGCCCUGCAUGGAGACCACUGUCCUAUCUGCCAGGCGGUGGAGACACAACUGUAUAGGAUCUCCUGGGCUCUCAACUGCUCUGCUCAGUCACUCCACACCAGAACGAGGCGUCGCUGUCAGGAUGUGCAGCUCUUCCCUGCAACAGCACCCAUCAUCCUACAGCACUACCCCCUGUACCGCGUCAGCGAUGCUGGGUGCAAAGGCACAGAUGCAGCAUCACCCGAAGAGCGCCAUCUGCUGUUCCAGGAGCGCUACGACGUGCUGUCCCAGGAAGCUUCUAAUAAACUACUCUGGUGGUUCCGGCCCCGCCUAAUUCUCAGUGGCCACACCCACAGUGCCUGCAAGGUUGUCCAUGACAACAGUUAUCCUGAGAUCAGCGUUCCUUCCUUUAGCUGGAGAAACCGAAACAACCCCAGCUUCAUCCUGGGAAGCUUCUCCCCCAGUGCGUUCCAGCUGACUAAGUGCUUCCUGCCUGAGGAGAGCAGUGUGCUGGGGAUCUACUUUGGCACUGCCCUGCUGGUGACUCUGCUGCUGCUGCUGAUCCACUUGCCGUUGCUGGGUCCCGUGCACAUCUCCAUCACCACCACUCUACUGGCCAAAUAUAAGGCCAUGUGAUGCCAUG